AUAUUUUCUCAGAGCGCAUGGUAUUUGCUUUGCUGCCAUUAAUAUUUUUUCCCGGAAUCGCCUGAAGUUUCAUUUCCAGCGGCCUCAUGUACCCUAUUGUUCGUCCCGGAGUCUCCACCCUCGUUUUUCCGGCUAAGCCGCCAGCGCUUGCGGUUGAUGUUCUAAGUGGUACUAGGCCUUGUACUUCCAACAACACUCUGUGUCACUUGACUACUUCAGUUCCAUUUUCAGGCAGGUUUCUUACCCAUGAAUGUCAAGAUAUCAUGGAAAAGCGAAGCCCAAAUACCACCAGUAUUCUCUUUUGCGGGACUGAUUUUUCAGCUUUCGAAGAUUAUACAAGAGAAUAUGUGCAGGAUCUUCCAUUCAUAAAGGUUGAUGACGUACCCUUCGUGGACGUCCCGAGUGUAAUUAAAAAUUAUGAUAUUUGUGUACCAAAAAACAUGAGAUUGAACUCAGAGAUCAUCUCCCAAGCGAAGAGAUUGAAGCUUAUAUUGCAGUUUGGAGUUGGCUUGGAAGGUAUUGACAUAAGUGCUGCUACAAAGCAUGGAAUCAAGGUUGCUAGAAUUCCAAGUGGAGUAACUGGAAAUGCAGAUUCUUGUGCUGAAAUGGCCAUAUUUUUAAUGUUGGGUCUUCUUCGUAAGCAGAAUGAAAUGCAAAUUGCAGUGAAGCAGAAAAUACUUGGAGAACCAGUUGGCGACACCUUGAUGGGAAAGACAGUAUUGAUUAUGGGUUUUGGAAGAAUUGGAAUUAGCUUGGCGAAGCGAUUGCGUCCUUUUGGUGUUAAGAUAAUUGCCACCAAAAGAAGCUGGGGCUUAGAUACAAAAAAUGAAGAAGAAAACGAUCUAGUGGUGGACGUGAAGGGAAGUCAUGAAGACAUUUAUAAUUUUGCCGGCCAAGCUGAUAUAGUUGUUUGUUGUUUACAAAUGAACACAGAAACGGCUGCCGUUAUCAAUGAGGCUUUCAUUUCUUCGAUGAAAAAGGGUGCGUUUUUGGUUAAUAUAGCAAGAGGUGGCUUACUGAACUACCAGGCAGUUUUUCAUCAUCUUAAAUCAGGACAUUUGGGAGGCUUAGGAAUGGAUGUUGCUUGGACUGAGCCAUUUGAUCCUGAUGAUGAUAUUUUAAAGUUUCCUAAUGUCAUCAUUACACCCCAUGUUGCUGGGCUUACAGAACCUUCUUGUAGAUACACGGCUAAGGUUGUUGGUGACGUUGCCUUACAACUUCAUUCUGGAAAACCAUUGAAAGGCAUUGAGGUUGUCAAUUGAUUCAGAAUCCCUUUUUCGGAUUUGAAUAAUUAUAUUUCCCCUUAUAUAUAUAUAUAUAUAUAUAUUUUGUUCCAAACGAUGUUAGAAUUGACAAAAAUCUCACCAAUUACUGGUUAUCGUUGUAUGAUUCAUCUCUUUUACCACGUAAUCAAGAAAAAGGG